AUGAGUGACGAACAUAGAGAUUAUGAUGAUGAUCUCAAUCUUGAUCUGUCUUUAGGGUUACAUCCCAUGAGAAGACAAGACCUCAUGAGAAGACAAGACCGGUUGGUUCCUCAAGAUCAUCAACAAGAACCUGUGGAGGAACAAAGCCAGGGUCAAGGCUCGUUCAUGCAACUCUUGACAUCAUUAGAUCAUCCUCCACAAAGUAUCCAACGUUCUCCUCCUCCACGAGAUCACAUGAUGUCUUUACUUCAAGACUUGAACGAAGAUGCACAUUGGUUUUUUCCCGAACAAGCCCUUCACCCUCUUCAUCAACUGAACCAGGUUAGAACCGCACCCAUGGAAACUCGUGUAUCUGCCCCGCAGCACCCUCGUCCUCGCAGAGGUCGGCCACCAGGAGCACAAGCACGUCUUAAUCCAACAAAUACGGAUGCUGUUGAAAAGAAAGUCAUCAGGGAGAUUGUACCACCGUAUCCAUGGUCUACAAAUAAGCCUUGCGUAGUUCAUACCAUCAGUGACUUGAUUGCAAUGAAUAUAAACAUGAUCCAUGGUCAAGUCUACUGCAAACCUUGCAAUAAGACUCAUACGUUGUACUAUAAUCUGAUUGAGAGGUUUUCGGAGUUGUCUGUGUACGUUAAAGCUAACAUGGAGAUUAUGCGUCUACGAGCACCAGCUAGAUGGUUAAAUCCAACAUUGACUCAGUGCGUGACAUGCAAGACUGAUAUGAAGCCUCUGCUUAAUAACGAGAGAAUGGAAGAAAUUAACUGGUUGUUUCUUAUGUUAGGGGGAAUGUUGGGAUGUUGUACUUUGGACCAGCUUAAGUUCUUUUGUCAGGCUAAUGGUAAGCAUCGAACAGGUUGUAAAGAUCGUGUUCUCUACACAACUUAUCUUCGUCAAUGCGAACAGCUCGAUCCAGAAGGACCAUUCCAUGUAGAGUGA